GCGUACAAUCUGUCUUUCAUACAACUGUUUGCGUGACAAAUUUAUGCCGACUGACUAAACUGUUUGGUAAAAGUUGAAGAAAAGGACGAUUUCCUUGGUCGAACAAGCGAAAAUGAUUAGUUUAAAGCGUGAAAUGGAUACUUUAAAUGAAUUGGAACGCGCCACCAGCGAACUGCGUGAACAAAUUGAGCGCACGAAAGAAAGUGAGAUUUUGGGCGAACAGGAUGAAGAACUGACUAAACUACAACUGGAAAACAUGAAACUUAAACAUCGUUUAGCUAUAUUAGAAAGGGUGAAGACUUUAGAAGCUAAAAAACAAUGCACUGUAACAGCGAUUAAUACCAACAAUUUAACUGAAUCUACAUCUUCGUUUAAUGCUAUUGCCAUACCUACGAAAAUAGAUGAAAUGAUUCCUAUAAGUGCCCAUCUAAUCGAUUUGUUUACGAAUGCUAUUGCUUCAGCUUUUCCGCAUUUGGCUGGUACUUCAGCUGUUAUAACGCCCGUUAGCUCAAAUGCCGCGAAAUUCGGUGAUUAUCAGUGUAAUAGUGCUAUGUCAUUAUCUAAAACUUUCAAGGCUGAUCAGAGCAAUAAUAAAUCCCCACGCGAUAUCGCACAAGAGAUUGUAAAGCAAACCACCUCCAGCCCAUUGAUUGACAAGCUAGAAAUAGCCGGUGCUGGUUUUAUAAACGUUUUCUUAAACAAAUCUUAUGCUGUUAGUGCUUUGACCAAUACAUUACGGAUGGGUGUUAAACCGCCUCAAGUAAAACGCCAACGGAUUUUAGUAGAUUUUUCUUCUCCAAACAUCGCCAAAGAAAUGCAUGUGGGACAUUUACGAUCUACCAUAAUUGGUGAAUCAAUUUCACGUUUGUUGGAAUUUUUAGGCCAUGAUGUUCUGCGGAUUAAUCACUUAGGAGACUGGGGAACUCAGUUCGGCAUGUUGAUUGCUCAUCUAGAGGAACGAUUUCCUAAUUUCCUGAAUGAAAGUCCACCCAUCGGGGAUCUGCAAGCGUUUUACAAGGAAUCGAAGAAACGAUUCGACGAAGAUGAAGAAUUUAAAAAACGUGCUUAUAAUCGCGUCGUGGAGUUACAAAGUGGAGAGGCAAAUUCUACUAAGGCAUGGAAAUUGAUAUGUGAUGUUUCUCGGAAAGAAUUCCAGAAAGUUUACGAACGUUUGGAUGUAAAACUUUCUGAGAAGGGAGAGUCGUUCUAUCAGUCCCGUAUGGUUGAAAUUGUAAAAUUCUUGGAACAGAAUAAUUUCUUAGAAUUGGAUGAAGGCCGAAAGAUAAUGUGGCCCACUGAUGAAAAAACUGGAAUACCUUUGACUAUUAUUAAGUCUGAUGGAGGUUUUACGUACGAUACUUCGGACAUGGCAGCUAUACGUUAUCGAUUGGAGGAAGAAAAAGCUGAAUGGAUUAUUUAUGUUGUAGACGCUGGUCAGAAUAUACAUUUGCAGAAUGUUUUCUCGGCCGCAAAGAGAUGUCGCAUUUUGCAUCCAUGCUACCAUCGAGCUGAUCAUGUACAGUUCGGUGUUGUUUUGGGAGAAGAUGGUAAAAAGUUUAAAACUAGGUCCGGUGAUACGGUAAAGUUAACAGAUUUACUUGACGAAGGAUUAAAACGGUCCUUAGCUAAGCUCAAAGAAAAGGAACGCGAAAAAGUUUUGACACCCGAAGAAUUAAAAGCUGCCCAAGAAUCAGUGGCUUACGGUUGCAUUAAAUAUGCCGAUUUGAGUCAUAAUCGCCUCAACGAAUAUGUAUUCUCCUUUGAUAAAAUGUUGGAAGAUCGUGGCAAUACAGCCGUCUACUUGCUAUAUGCUUACAGUCGCAUUUGCUCUAUCGCACGUAAUAGCGGCAAGGAUUUCUCCCAAGUCAAUAAUGUGCUCGAGACAGUUAAAAUUGAAUUGGAACAUGAAAAAGAGUGGAAGCUGGCAAAAUCUUUAUUAAAAUUUCCCGAUAUUUUGUUGAAAAUCUCGAAGAGCUUACUGUUGCAUUUAUUAUGCGAAUAUUGUUAUGAAGUUUGUACGACAUUUUCAGAAUUCUACGACAAUUGCUACUGCAUUGAGAAAGACAAGAGCGGUGUAAUAACCAAGGUGAACUGUAGCCGUAUUUUAUUAUGCGAAGCUACUGCAUUGAUACUAAGGGAAUGUUUUAAUAUUUUGGGCUUAAAACCAGUGGACAAAAUCUAA